UAUUUGCCAGUUGGGUAAACUUUGCUCCCACAGCCCGAGUCAAUAAAUUCCCCUGUCACAGCUUUCUGCCUUCAAUUCUGGGGCAGAGAAAUCACAGCGGCCAUGGCGUCGAGGGCGACUCUGACCUGGCUUUGCUCCCUCGCAGUUUUGUCCUGCUCUGCAGCUCAGGAAACUAUACCCAAGAACUGCAGCUCACAAAAUCAAGUAUUUGACCGUCUGUCAGCUGAUCUCAAGGUGGCAGCAGAGUGCGGUGAAACUCCUCCGUCUGACUGGACAGCUCAGCAGACGGCUUCACUGUUGAUCUACAUGAGGAGUCUGACGGAUGCUCUGCAUAAACACCAGCUGAAAGAAUGCCAAGUUGUUGAGCCAAUAAAAUGCCAGGAGGCUGAAGUGCCAAGCAAUGGAGGGCUGGCAUGUGUCACCGUUGGCAACAAGCGCUACUGCAAACCUCUGUGCAACCAUGGAUACGAUUUUGGUUUUCUGAGGAGGAGCCGUGUGUUUGAGGAAUGCAGCGAGCAGACAGGAUAUAAAUGGCAAAGUCAGUACAUAGGAGGAAACAAGCUGGCUGUGUGCAACGAAGCACUUAUUCAGGUUUCAGGAGCAAAGACAGCGUAUUUUCCCGAAGAUCAGGACUGUCUAGUGACCAAGAGCAGCAGCCAACUGACGGAGAGAAUCAUGGAAGCUUUUACCGCUGAGUUGAAGAAUCAAAACAUAGACGGAGAGCUGCAGGACACCUGUCUUGUAUGUGGAUAACUGGGAUGGAAAAGAGAAACAAAUGUAGAAAAAUGCAUCAACCAUGUCAGGAAUGUUGUGAUAUAAAACAUAGUCAUGUUGCAUUGGGAAAGGUUCAACAAAUGUAUUCCUGAACCUUUUUUAGCUUCUUUUAGAGGAAGUAAGCACUUAUGUAAGUAAUCAUGUUUUUUCAUUCUAUUCCAUUUGUAACACCGCAUUUGUUGUUUAUUUGUUUGUUAGCAUUUGUAACACCGCAAUAACAAUUUUAUAUUUAGUGAAGUGGCUUUUAACUACGGUAGUUUAACUUGUUUGUGUGCAGGUCGCAUUAAAAAAUUGUCACCUAAGACAAUAUAUUCUCCUUUCUACAAGUUUUUUCAUCUUUGGAAAGUUAAAAUCAACAUUUCUUAUAUAGUACAGAAAAUAAAUACAUACACUAUCCAAUAAAAAAGUUAUUUCUGUUCACUAUAUAAGCUGUUAAAUGUGUGUUUCUCCUUUGAGAAUCUGGACAAACUCUGUUAUUCUUCAUACUGUAUAUGAUAUUAAAUCUGCCAACAACCCAGCAAA